AUGGAGAAUGACCCGGAAUCGAACCCACCGCUCGACCAUCUGAAGACCACCGACCAGGUCGCUCAAGAUGCGCAGGAUCUCGCCUACCUCGGCCAUGACCAGGCCCUUUCGCGAAAGUUCAGUAGGAUGAGCAUGCUCUUCCUCGCCAUAUCUGUCCUGGGAACCUGGUCUACAUUUGCGCAAGGACUUUCGAGCGGUAUCACCAGCGGCGGACCAGUUGCCAUCCUCUGGGGCCUCGUCCUCGUCCUGUUUUGCAAUAUCUGCGUGGCCGUAUCAUUGGGAGAGCUCUGCAGUAGUAUGCCCACAGCCUUGGGACAGGCAUACUGGAUAUUUCGUCUGUGGCCGUCUGGUCGCUUUGUGUCCUACCUCUGCGCAUGGAUCAAUACCUUUGGAUGGUGGACGCUUUCUGCCUCACAAGUUGCUUUUAUGGCCAACUUUAUCCUGAGCAUGAAGGUUCUCUUCGUACCGGACUGGUCCGAGGUCAGUGUUGGAUGGAUCAACUUUCUCCUCUAUCUCGCCGUCACUCUGGUGGUUACAGUCGCCAAUCUCGUUGCCUGCCGGAAAGAUGCCAUCCUACCGGCGUUCAACAACUUUGUCGGAAUCUGCUUUAUCGGACUCUUCUUUAUCUUUAGUCUGGCCCUUCUCAUCUCUGUCGGAGUUAGGCCAAACUUGCAAUUCCAGCCAGCCUCAUUCGUCUUUGGACAAUGGAUCAACCAGACUGGUUGGGGAGACGGGGUUACCUGGUUCACGGGCCUUCUUCAAGCUGCAUAUGGGUUGACGGCCUUUGACUCGGCUGUCCAUUUGGCUGAAGAAAUUCCGGCACCUCGCAAAAAUAUUCCGCGCGUCAUUUGGCUUUCAGUCACUCUGGGAGCCCUUACCGGGUUCAUCUUCAUGGUGGUGUGUUUGUUCUGCAUCCAAAAUCUUGACACCAUCUUGAACCCUCCUACUGGUCUUCCUUUCAUGGAUUUGGUUCAUGAGGCUGUCGGACUGCACGGGGCAACUGUAUUGCUCUCCCUUUUCAUCUUCAACGGUCUUGGUCAAGCUAUCAGUAUUGUCACCACCGCCUCGCGUCUGACCUGGGGAUUUGCGCGAGAUGGCGGGAUGCCCUGGAGCAGCUACUUCUCUGGGGUGAAUGAGGCCUGGCGUGUGCCGGCUCGCGCACUAUGGCUUCAGGGAGCCAUUAUUGGCGUUGUUGGCGUGCUCUACAUGUUCGCCAACACAGUGCUCGAGGCAAUUCUCAGUGUCAGCACAAUCGCACUUACGAUAUCCUACGGAAUGCCCAUCCUGACCCUCCUACUCGUAGGACGAGACAAGCUUCCGCCUGGAGAGUUCAGAUUGGGACGCCUCGGGCCUGCAGUCAAUUGGAUCUCCGUCAUCUACUGCGCUAUUACCACGGUGUUCUUCUUCUUCCCAUCGGCACCCAAUCCAGCACCAGCUGAUAUGAAUUACGCAAUCGCAGUCUUUGGGGUCAUGAUGGUGGUGACUUUGGGUUUCUGGUUCAUUAAGGGGCAGUACACGUAUCUCAAGACGGAAGAUGCGGCAGAGCGAAUCAUUGAGGCUCAGAAUGCCGAGGUGACUACUGCUCCGGUUCCUCGCAAGGUAUAG